CUCUCCUCCGUUGUCUUUGCUUCCUGUCUUGCAUUUAUCUUACUAUACUCAACUCAGCGAAACCAUGUCCGCAGAACCAACCACCCCCAACCCCUCCGGCCUCGCCGCCAAGGUCGACAAGAAGCGCAAGCGCCAGGCCGAGGACUCUACCUCGAAGGAGAACAAGGCGGAGUCUGCACCCACGGAGAAAGCCGACGGACCGAGCAAGAAGAAGCAGAAGAACGACAAGAAGAAGGGCAAAGGAAAGGGCAAGGGCGACAAGAAGGACAAGAAGCCCAAAGAUGAUGGCGCCGAGGCCGACAAGCCCAAGCCCAAGCCUAAGACCAACGACUCCAAGGAAACAGAGGUGAAGGGCAGUGUGGACGAGGCGAUUGGCAAGAUGGACGGCCGACUACUGGCGGACCACUUUGUGCAGAAGGCCAAGAGACAUAACAAGGAGCUGACGGCGGUCGAGUUGAGUGAUCUGAGUGUUCCGGAUACUGCAUUCCUGGAUACUUCCUCAUUCAACGAAGCCCGGCAACUAGGCUCGCUACCCGCCUUCAUCAAGGCAUUUAACCCGACCAAGGGUUCGGAUCCGUCCAAGGCAUCAGAGGAGAAGGGCACGCCGCAUACGCUGGUUGUUUCGUCGGCGGCGCUCCGAGCUGCUGAUGUAGUACGAGCUCUUCGCACAUUCCAAACCAAAGAAUCGCCCAUUGGCAAGCUGUUCGCCAAACACAUCAAGCUCGGAGAAGCCAAGCAGUUCCUUGAGCGUGCUAGAGUGGCCAUCGGCGCAGGCACCCCCGCUCGUAUAUCCGAUCUGAUCGACUCUGGAUCUCUCAAGCUGGACGAGCUCAAAACCAUCAUCAUUGACGGAUCCUACGUGGAUCAAAAACAGCGCGGUAUCUUCGACAUGAAGGAGACCCAUCUGCCGCUGCUCCAAUUACUCACGAAGCCCGAGCUGCGGGAACGGUACGGCGCGAAGGAGAAGGGGAUCCAGCUGCUGGUGUUCUGAUUGAUGUAUAUUCUAAAAGUUCUGUUGGCGUUGUCUGGUUCGUAGCUAUACAUACUUCUUCUCAUACUACACACUACACAUUAUGUGCGUGCAUGC